CAAUGCUCCCACAAUGCCCCGCGCUUACCUUAGAAGCAGCAGGCUGUCAUCGUCAUGGCGGCGGUGCUCGCGCAGCAAAAACAGGUCCAGGAGGUCCAGAUGAACGGCGAAGCCGCGGAUCGAGAGGAUGUCGACCCGGUGGAAGAGGCGGCGGCCAAGAAGAGGAAGAAAAAGAAGAAGAAGAACAAGUCAGCUGCGGCCGGUCCCGAUGGAGACGAUGUUGCCGAGGUCACGAAGGAGCUCGAGAAGCAGGUGAUGGAGGACAAGGAAGAGGAGGGCGAGGAAGAUGACGGCGAGAACUCGGCAGGGAAGAAGAAGAAGAAGAAAAAGAAGAAGAAAGGAUCCAAAGGUCAGACCGAUCCGCCGUCUAUUCCCAUCUGUGAGCUGUAUCCUGCUGGGGAGUUCCCCAUCGGACAGGAGUGCGAAUACCCUCCUUCACAUGAUGGGCGCAGCGCGGCGUGGCGCAGCAGCAACGAGGAGAGGCGAGUGCUGGACAAAGCCAACGAGGAGGUGUGGAACGACUUCAGGCAGGCGGCCGAGGCUCACAGGCAGGUCCGGCAGCACGUCAGAGGGUUCCUGAAACCCGGGAUGACCAUGAUCGAAAUAUGCGAGCGUCUCGAGGAUUGCUCCCGGAAGCUAAUCAAGGAGAACAAGCUGCACGCCGGCCUGGCGUUCCCCACCGGCUGCUCGCUCAACCACUGCGCCGCCCACUACACUCCCAACGCCGGAGACCCCACCGUCCUGCAGUACGACGACGUGUGCAAAAUCGACUUUGGCACGCACAUCAACGGGCGAAUCAUUGACUGUGCCUUCACCGUCACCUUCAACCCAAAGUACGACAAGCUGCUGGAAGCCGUCAAAGACGCCACCAACACCGGCAUCAAAAACGCUGGAAUCGACGUGCGUCUGUGUGACGUCGGGGAGGCCAUUCAGGAAGUGAUGGAGUCCUACGAGGUGGAGCUGGAUGGCAAAACGUAUCAAGUCAAACCCAUCCGAAACCUCAACGGCCAUUCCAUUGGCCAGUACAGGAUACACGCCGGAAAGACUGUGCCAAUCGUCAAAGGAGGGGAAGCCACUAAAAUGGAGGAAGGCGAGGUGUACGCCAUCGAGACGUUCGGCAGCACGGGCAAAGGCGUGGUCCACGACGACAUGGAGUGCUCACACUACAUGAAGAACUUUGACGUGGGCCACGUGCCCAUCAGGCUCCCACGGGCGAAGCACCUCCUGAACGUGAUCAACGAGAACUUCGGCACGCUGGCCUUCUGCCGCCGGUGGCUGGACCGCCUGGGCGAGAGCAAGUACCUGAUGGCCCUGAAGAACCUGUGCGACCUGGGCAUCAUGGACCCCUACCCGCCGCUGUGCGACACCAAGGGCUGCUACACGGCGCAGUUUGAGCACACCAUCUUGCUCAGGCCCACCUGCAAGGAGGUGGUGAGCCGGGGAGACGACUACUGAACGCCCGCCCGACACCAACCGACUCAUCCGCAGACCGAUGAAACGGCGAGGACUUGCUUUCUGACUCUUCUAUCGGUUCUUCUCCUGAUUCAACGAGCAGGAAGGUUUCAGUUUGUCAUAUUUGCCGAAGACGGAAAAGUGUAACCUGCCUUUCGGUGCGUCAAACAGAUCAGGUUAAGCUACAUUCAGUACGUUUGGCUUCUGUCGCUAACAGCAGGGAAUGAAUGCCUCCUCGGUUCCCGUUUUGAAUUCCCUGGAAUGUUUUUGUAAGGAAAAGAUUCAAAUAAAUUUGCUCAUCUACGA